AUGCCUAAAGUUGAAAAUAGAAAAAUGAUACAUGAACUAAAUGAUCCAUUAAAGGAUAAUGUUAACUUUAUAUUAAAUUUUAACGAUACUAAACAAACAUAUUGUAAAAGUGCUGAUAAUAUUUCAGAAAAGAAUGAGAGAUUAAAAACGAGUGAUUCUGUCUCUCCUGAUUUACAAGGUGUAUCAAUAGAAAAUAUAGAUGAUUAUUUUGAAAAGAAGAAUGAUAGCUCAAGGAGUAUAGAAAUAAAAAAUUUGAACUUUAGAAGAAAAAUAUACAAAAUUUUCUUUAUCCGUUUGCUAUAUGCUUUUAUCUUUGGAAUAAUUGGAGUAUAUAUUCAAUGCUAUUCUAUAAUAUUAAGUGAUUCAUACUAUAAUGCUGGUGAUGAACCAUUAAAAGAUAGGAUUCAUGAAUUAUUUAAAAAGAUACCACCAUUUAUUAAUACAGUAUUUGUUAAUGGAAACAUUAUGAUUUUAUCAAUUAUUACUCUUUUAAGGUUUGGGUUAUUUUUCCCUUUUUUAUUGUCAUUAACAAUGCUAAUUAGAAUGAUUCUUAUGUUAUCUCUUAUUUAUUAUAUAAGAUCUUUAUUUAUUUAUGUAACUACUAUACCUUGUCCAAUAUCUACAUGUAAACCUUUAAGAGAUAAAAGCUUUCUUGAAAAUUUAUAUUCCUCAUACCUUAUAAUUUUUGCUCAAGUAUAUGAAUGUACCGAUUUAAUAAUAUCUGGACAUACCGCUUAUACUACAUUAUUAAAAUUUUUAUGGAUUUUUUAUGAAAAGAAUAUUUACAUAAAAGUUUGUAUUUCUAUUUACAGUUUAUUUAUAUUUUCUAUAAUAAUAAUAUCAAGAUUCCAUUACACUGUAGAUGUAUUAAUGGGAUACGUAUUUGGAGCAUCUGUUUUUAUUUGUUAUCAUUACCUUCUUGAUAUUGCUGCAAAAAGAUAUGCAAUAAAUAAAUCCUUUUAUAUUAACGAUUCUGAUUAUUUAAAAUCAUUCAUAGAAAGAUGUAACUUAUUUUGUUAUUUAAUUCCCUUAAUUGGGUAUCUAGAAGCUUUGGAUUAUAGAAUAGAUAUCUCUACUUCUUAUAAUAAAGAAUGGAAUUCUUUUUGCCCUUGUAAACCGGUGAAUUCAAAAAGUCUUAUAAUUAAAAAGAAAAAUGCUAAUAAUGAAGAAUAUUAUGAUUUUAGUGACCAUUUUUAUCAUUCUCAUGCUGGAAAUGGUUCAUAUAGCUUAUCUUCAAUAUACAAUUUACUGAAUAAAUGUAAAAAUAUAGGUAGAAAAAAAAAUAAUAAUUAA